CCCUUUGUACGCGUUUUCUGAAUAUAAUCAUGUCAGUCUUUUCAUAACCAUUUGGAACCUGCUAGUUUUAUAAACAUUAUCAACACCUUAAUUUCCCAACGCUCCUUGUUUUUUAUUUUUAAUGAAAAAAGAGAUAGCAACGGCAGUUAGUAAAUAAAACAGUGUUAGGAUAGUUUCGUAAUAUGACGUGGCCGUAGAACUGAAGCAGGCACCUAAUGUAAAAAACCAGACGGUUUUCUUGGCACAUCCGAUCUCACUGAAAACUUUAGCACGUGGAUCUGAUCCAGCUGUAAAAACCCUGAAAAGUCUCUCUUCGGGGCUCCAUUAAUUUGAUCGUAUACCCUAAUUUAUUUGAUAGGGCCUUAUUCUCUCUUGGUUUAUGCCUUUUAUGGGGUUACUAUUGCUAAUUGUUUCUCGGUUGAUGCUUCAUCUCUCUGUUUAACCCUAAUAUGGUGAUUUCGAAGUUGCAAAUGUUUCUCUGUUAGGCCCUAAUUGGUUGGAUUUGGCCCUAAUUUCCUCAUGGCUUCUUGGCUGAAAGUUGCAGAAGAUUUAUUUGACGUUGUUGAUCGAAGAGCAAAGCUGGUUGUUGGGGAACGACCAGAUGAACAGUCUGACUUGCAGCCAUCAGUUUCCAAUGAACAAGAUUUUCAAACCAUCAAGCCAAAGCUGAAGGAAAAGGUGCAGGAAAAGCUUAACUCUUUUGAACCUCCUAAGAUUAAUGUUACUGAAAAGGAAAAGGAUCAAAUUAUUAUACCUUCAUCUGUUUCUAAUGGAACUACCAAUGAAAUUGUUAUGCCUGCACUUAAAAACGUGCCAGCGAGUGACUUAGAUGCUCAAGUGAACGCAGAGCCCUUACUUGAGAGCACAACAAGUAAAGCAGAGCGACCACCAAAUGAUUUGGGUGCAUGUAUUGCACAAAAGAUAGAGACCGCCACAGAUGAGAUUACUCCUGAGGUUGCAUUGUCCUCUACGAUGGGGCAUACCCCAAUUGAAGCAUCAAACGCGCAAGACGGACCUCAAAGUCCGUCUCUAUUGGCCAAGGCCAGUGAUAGUGAGUUCAAAAAAGGAGAGCAUUUGGUGGGGGAUGAAGUACCAAGGGAGAAAGUUCCCUCAAACGCUGAAGAAGUGAAGAUCCAAAAAGAAGUGGAAUUAAGUACGAAUUCUCAAGAGAAGGAAAAUAUAAAUUUGCCUCAGGAGCCCGAGCCCGUUCUGAGUGUAAGUCAGGUGCAUGAUAACACCCCUUGUGUUGCAAGAGUGCAAGACCAACUUGAUGAGGCGCAGGGACUUCUUAAAAUUGCAGUUUCUACUGGUCAAUCAAAGGAAGCAAGGUUGGCUAGGGUUUGUGCUGGUCUUUCCUCUCGUCUUCAGGAGUACAAAUCUGAAAAUGCACAAUUGGAAGAACUUCUGAUCGCUGAGAGAGAACAAAAAACGGCAUUUGAAGCUCACGUAAAACAGCUACAACAAGAGUUAUCUAUAGCCAAGAGUGCAGUGACCAGGGUGGAGAAAGAUAUGGCUGAUGCUUUGGCUUCAAAAAAUUCAGAAAUCGAGGGACUUCUAAGUUCAUUGGAUUCACUGAAUAAACAAGCCGCCACUUCUGAAGGAAAGUUGGCUUCUUUGCAGGCAAACAUGGAUUCUAUGAUGAGAACCCGAGAACUUUCAGAGACACGAAUGAUACAGGCACUACGAGAAGACUUGGCCUCUACGGAGCGCAGGGCAGAACAAGAGCGUGCAGCACACAAUGCUACUAAAAAGGCAUUUAUGGAAAGAGAAGUGGAACUGGAGCAGAGGGCAGUUGAGGCAUCAACAGCACUUGCUAGGACUCAGAGGAUGGUGGAUGAGAGAACCCAAAAGGCGGCAGAUCUGGAGCACAAGUUAUCGUUGCUUGAGGUGGAAUGUGCAUCAUUGAACCAAGAGCUACAAGAAGUGGAAUCUCGUGUUAAAAGGGAGCAGAAGAAGUCUCCUGAGGAAGCGAAUCAAACCAUUCAGAUGCAGGCAUGGAGAGAAGAAGCAGAGCGGGCUCGCCAAGGUCAAAGGGAUGCAGAAAGCAAGCUUUUUGCUUUAGAGGCUGAGAUGCAGAAAAUGAGAGUGGAAAUGGCUGGCAUGAAAAGGGAUGCUGAGCAUUAUUCACGUCAGGAGCAUAUGGAACUUGAGAAACGAUAUCGAGAACUAACUGAUCUGUUGUAUCUCAAGCAAACUCAGCUGGAAGCCGUGGCCAGUGAGAAGGCUGCAGCUGAGUUCCAACUGGAGAAGGAGGCAAGGCGUUAUCAGGAAGCCCAGGUGGAAGCAGAAAGAAGUAAAGCCCUCCGUCGAGCAUCGACAACAACUUGGGAUGACGAAGCAGAUUUGAAAGUGCUUGAGCCACUUCAUUUGCACCAUCGCCAGAUAGCUGGGGCAAGCAUACAGAAAGCAGCAAAGCUUUUAGAUUCAGGAGCUGUGAGUGCCACUAGGUUCUUGUGGCGUUACCCUAUUGCACGAGUCAUCUUCCUUUUUUAUCUGGUGUUUGUUCAUAUUUUCCUGCUAUACUUGUUGCAUCGACUUCAGGAGCAAGCAGACAAUUCAACGUCUUCAAGAGAAGUCGCAGCCUCCAUGGGACUCCUCAAGCCUGAGUUGCCAUGACAUCUUCGUCUUACCCACAAUGCUCUUCGGACCACAUGAAAUGGACGGUAGAAGGACAAGGGACUGCACGGUAAUAGCUGAGUCGGCUGACUCCCUGAAACCAUGUCCAUCGUGUAUUGCAUCAUACAAAGUCCAAUUACUGAGUCCCAAUCAAUGUUCAAGGAACCAGUAAAUCCAAGUAUCGAUUGCGGGCUGGUUCCGACAUUUGAUAGAUCAACCGGUGCAAUGGGGAAAUUCAAAUAAAAAUUACUUUUGAAAUAAUAAUGUACUGACAAUAUUUGGAAAAUUUUGUACAUGAUGGACCUCUCUUUUUUCUUUUUUGAUACCUUGACGGGUCGUAAUGGAGUCCUUGAUGUAAAAUUGUGGCCCCAUACUACCACCCUGACUAUCAAAGCCUAGGCCCACCAUAGCUUGAUGGGCCUCUCUCUCUCUCUCUCAAGAAGCAAUUCCCUUGUCCACAGGUUGAAAGUACAAUGGUGAAAAAAAGUAAACCCCAAUGAAUUGUCAUUUCUUUGUAUGAGAUUGAAAUGGAAAAGCCUGUAAUGACUAAUGACAUUUUAAUAAGCAAUAAAA